AUGGGCAGACGACUUGGGCUACGAUAUAAAACCAUCUCGCCCCAGGGUGCCCAUCAUCGCAUUCCGCCUCCGCCACUGGGUGCCCAACAACUGGCACCUGGAUGCCGACCAUCUCCCCCUGGGUGCCUACCAUCUCCCCCUAUUUGCCUACCAUCUCCCCUUAGGUGCCUACCAUCUCCCCCUGGGUACUUACCAUCUCCCCCUGGGUGCCUACCAUCUCCCCCUGGGUGCCUACCAUCUCCCCCUGGGUGCCUACCAUCUCCCCCUGGGUGCCUACCAUCUCCCCCUGAGUGCCUACCAUCUCGCCCUGGGUGCCUACCAUCUCCCCCUGGGUGCCUACGGGUGCCUACCAUCUCCCCCUGUGUGUCUACCAUCUCCCCCUGGGUGCCUACCAUCUCCCCCUGGGUGCCUACCAUCUCCCCCUGGGUGCCUACCAUCUCCCCCUGGGUGCCUACCAUCUCCCCCUGGGUGCCUACCAUCUCGCCCUGGGUGCCUACCAUCUCCCCCUGGGUGCCUACGGGUGCCUACCAUCUCCCCCUGGGUGCCUACCAUCUCGCCCUGGGUGCCUACCAUCUCCCCCUGGGUGCCUACGGGUGCCUACCAUCUCCCCCUAUUUGCCUACCAUCUCCCCCUAUUUGCCUACCAUCUCCCCCUGUGUGUCUACCAUCUCCCCCUGUGUGUCUACCAUCUCCCCCUGUGUGUCUACCAUCUCCCCCUGGGUGCCUACCAUCUCCCCCUGUGUGUCUACCAUCUCCCCCUGGGUGCCUACGGGUGCCUACCAUCUCCCCCUGGGUGCCUACCAUCUCCCCCUGGGUGCUUACCAUCUCUCCCUGGGUGCCUACCAUCUCUCCCUGGGUGCCUACCAUCUCCCCCUGGGUGCCUACCAUCUCCCCCUGGGUGCCUACCAUCUCCCCCUGGGUGCCUACCAUCUCCCCCUGGGUGCCUACCAUCUCCCUCUGCGGAGCUACCAUCUCCCUCUGGGUGCCUAUGGGUGCCUACCAUCUCCCCUGUGGUCCACUAUCUCGCGCGAGACUGUUCCUUGUCACACGAACAUAUGCCACUGAUGAAAAAUGA